ACAACUUUCAUCACGCGACGUCGUGUUGUGCAUCCCCAUGGGGGUCAACGUUUUGUGUUUUGACUUGUCUCAAAACGAUGAGUUCAUUCCAAUUGAUCGUUUGUUGGCGUAUGGCCCAAAGACCAAUGGGGAUGGGGGGAGAGACCCUGGGCAUCCUUGAACCAUCGUCUUUGGGUGGUCGAUGAGACGUACGCAACAAGAAAAAAGACAAGCGGCCCUUUCAAUAGCGAACAAGGUGAAAUCAUAUCGUCGGGUGACCCGGGGAGACCCUUUGUCCUGUUGAAUGGUUCUGUUUUGUUAAAAAGUCAGACAGGAACAUUACCACAUUUGCGUUUUGUUUAUCUUGAAAAGUCACACUUGUUUGGGUGGUAUGACUGCGAAUAGAAGACAUUUAGAUAUUUAAUGUGCAUGAACCUUUUAUCCUUGUGCCCUUUUUUGUCCCAUUCCUGCCGUCAUCGUCACUAAUCGUCGUCAUCAUAUCCUCUUCGUUCAUCGUCGUCGUUGUCGUCGUUCAAUAAAAAGAACACCGGCAAUAAUCUUAUAACUAAGCUAUAUUGGUCAAUAUUCAAAAUUUAAGGCUUUUGGCGCCGCCCCCCCCCCCCCCCUUUUCGCCGCCGUUUCGUUCAAACAACUGCAACUGCGCUCUCGCUUGCCAACAGAUUUCCAGCUUUUUUUUUUUGUUAAAGAACACUACACGAUUGCCUCAACCAACCACACAUAACAACCAACAUCGACUUUUGGAUAUUACCAGUAACCAGUCGUCCUAUUCGUUACGCUGAUCCGAACCGAUUCACGCCACCGGCAUAAACAAAGCACACCUACUGUUUUUGAGGUGAAACAGAGAGCGUUACGACCUUCCCUGUCAUUGUAGCCUUGACGAUACCUGGCGUCCGGCAGUGCAUGCGUGGGUGCUCAUAAAGGCCAAUGAUUCCUCUACAACGACAGUCAUCAUCACCGCAGAAUUAUAAUCACAAACCUUCUCAUCAACAACAACCACAACAACAACAACAGCAGCAACAAGUACAAGCAUCCCACAACCAACGAGAAUCCCAUCCCGCCAUGAUAAUCUCACACCAGCCUUUUGACGGGCAGGGAUUUUACCCGCAGCAGCAGCAACAGCAGCAGCAUCCUUCCGUUCGCCUCCCCAACGCACCGUAUCAUCCACAUCCAAUGCAAAAGCAAGCAAUGUCCACGAUUGACCCUAGUCUGCUGGCCAUCAAUCAGUUCGGUUCCACGCCUCCUGUGAAACAGGAAGAUUCGGGAAUGGAGGGUCUCAAUGAUCCUUUUGGAAAUCUCGGCGGUGAAUACGAGUUGGGCAGCGGCCUGGAAGUUGCCGACCCAUCCGUCAUGAUGUCUCCACUAUCCAGCUCCCCCCUAGACGAUCCGGAAUUUGGCCCGCGCUCAUCGAAUUUCACUCCUCAUGGAUCGGGCUCGUUGAGCACGUCCCUGCACAGCACCCCUUAUGGCACCCCAGGAGUACAGAUGCCCCAUGGCAACUUCUAUUCAAUGUCCAUGCCUGUUCAUGCUACAAAUGGCUUUGGUGCGAUGGAUCAAGCAAAAUUGCUUGGGUCUCAACCCAGCUCAUUCUCGGCUUACGGACAGAUACCAGAAAUGAUUGACGAAUCAAGCUUAAAACAAUUGGAUCAACUUACGGAAAAGCGUCGUCGACGCCGUGAGUCACACAAUGCAGUAGAACGCCGGCGCCGCGACAACAUCAAUGAAAAGAUUCAGGAGCUUGCAACUCUCCUUCCGGACUUUGCUUCUGAUUCGCAGAACAAACCAAACAAAGGAGUCAUUUUGCGUCGCUCAGUGGAAUACAUUAAGCAAAUGCAGACAUUCGCCACACUUCAAGUGGAUCGCAACAGAGAGCUCGAGCAGAUUUUGCGGCGCGUACUUGAGCAAACAGGCAUCAAUGAGGUGGAUCUGGGACUAUCGGUCCCUCUGGGUACUCCAGUGGAAAUGCCAUCCGUGGCUCCUCCAGGUCCGGGCGAGCAACACGUUGACCACAAUUCAAUGGAACAAGGGGACUAUGUGGACAUGGGACACGACAUGUAAUUCAGGCGCUUGAGAAGAACAUCCAUUAUUGUGUGUGUGAAAGGGAACUACUUGCAUUAGAAUGAACUCUACGGAUAAACGUGGGAUUGCUGGGUUUUGAUGGACGACCAGUUGGGACGCUGGCUAUUUGCGGGGGAUGCUAGGUCGCUCAAGGUUUUUUUUAUUGUAGUUACGCAAAAUCGUUUUUAGUAUGCUCGGGAUGCUCCUUAUGUAAUGACGAAGAUUACAAUGACAUGAAAUUUUGCUCAG